AUGAGCGUGGAUGGGACCAUUGCCCUGAAGAAUUUAAAUAACAUUUACAACAGCAUUCACAACUUCAUUGCUCUAGCUGAUAAGGGAAACGGUUCGGAUAUUGCGUUAAAGCUACGGUACUUGGAAGCAUCACUCGAACAAUUGAAAGAUUCCAUCGAUUCUACUUCUGAUAUAGUUGGGAACGAAAAUUACCAACGUGCAAAGAUAGCUGACUUGAAUCGGCGGAUUGCACUGAAAGACGGUCUAAUCAAUUCGUUUCGGAAUGGACAGCUUGCACUGGUAGAUUUAGCGAAUCUUUCUGCCAAUAAUCGAAACGCGCUUCCCAUUCAUUGCAUGCAAUGUAAUUGUGCGAUAUUGUCUCCUAAUAUUGCGUCCUUUGUGGAUGCCAAGCCAUUUUCUCUACCGUUCUGUCGACAGACACAAAACAGUACUUCGAUAAGCGCGGAAAUCAUCAAUUCAUGGUGGCAGGUUGAGAGAAUGUUCGAUUUUGAAAAUAUUGGUUUUACGCAUGCCCACGAUGGUGUCAAAUAUUUGGUAUGCGCGAAUUGUGAGGAUGGUCCUGUAGGCUAUCUAUGUCCGGUGACCAAAGCUCACUUUGUUGCCGUAUGUCGUGUCAAACAGGAAUAA